AUGUCAUGGGAAUCAAUCGCCGCUACAAAGCGCCAGGCACUCAAAGAUGCCAUCCCAGCCGAAUGGGUGAUUCCUCCAGCUCUCUUCCCGCUAGACGACCAGCUAGAUGUGACCACUUUCCCUCAGGAAUCUGGAUUUUACACACAACAUGAGAUCGAGAUUACCUCAACCCCCGUGCCAACGAUCCUAUCAAAUAUUGCCUCGGGGCUGUGGACAUCUGAGGAGGUAACAAGGGCAUUCGGCAAGGCCGCAGCGGCAGCCCAGCAACUUACAAACUGCUUAUCGGAGAUCUGUUUUGACAGAGCUAUUGAGUGUGCGAGAGCCUUGGAUACCUAUUUCCAACAAACCGGCAAGACUAAGGGUCCGUUUCAUGGCCUACCUAUCUCUGUUAAAGAUAACUUUAAUCUUGUUGGCUAUGAUACAACCAUCGGAUUCACAUCCCUAGUUAAUCGACCGGCUACUUAUAAUAGUUUGAUUGUUGAUCUUCUUGAAGAAGGAGGUGCGGUCCUUUACUGCAAAACCAAUGUCCCUACGGCAAUGAUGAUCCCCGAGACCGUCAAUAAUGUCUUCGGCCGCACUGUUAACCCACUGAACCGAAGUCUCACCACGGGAGGGUCGACCGGGGGAGAAGCGGCCCUGAUUGCAUUUGGUGGGAGUCGAAUUGGCGUUGGGACUGACAUUGGUGGCUCCCUUCGCAUGCCCGCUGCCUGCACGGGACUAUUCACCAUCCGGCCCUCCCACGGGCGGUUCCCGAACUCGCAAUCACGCGCCUGCCUCGAGGGCCAGGAAGCCAUACGCGGAGUAUGUGGCCCGAUAGCGAAAACCCUCGAUGAAGUUAUCUUCUGGUGCCACACAAUCGUAAGCCAGCAACCUUGGAUCCGCGAUCCAAGCAGUGUUCCCAUACCGUGGCGGUCCACGGAGAAAACGAAGGAGAAGGUUCUUAAAAUUGCAGUUCUCUGGGACGACGGAUUCAUCACACCAACACCCCCCGUUGCUCGUGCACUUAAGGAAACGGUUACUAAAUUAAAGGCAGCGCAUCAUGAGAUCGUUGACUGGCAGCCGAGUGAGCACAUGGAGAUACUGCUUCUAGUAAGAAAUCUACUCCUUGCAGAUGGAGGGACCUCUGUAAGGAAGCUCCUCGAACCUACGGGGGAGCCGUUUCGGCCAGAAAUGAGAGUCAAUCAGGAGGCGGAGGAAAUGAGUGUUUAUGACCUGUGGCAGACUCAAAGGCACCGCAAUACACUCUGCAAAUCAUAUCUGGAUCGGUGGAAUACCGCGGGUAUUGAUGCUCUUCUCUGCCCAGCAACACCAUACAGCGGCGUCGAAAAUGGUAAAUUCGCUUACUCGGGGUAUUCGUGCGUCUUCAACGUUCUCGACUACCCGGCUGUCUCCUUCCCCUGCGGUGUAAGGACCGACAAGACUAUUGAUAUUCCAUACAAAGAUCAUCGCCCACUCAGUGUCAUGGACGCGCAGAUCCAGAGCGACUACUGCGCCGAGGCUGUUCAUGGCAUGCCGGUUAGUCUGCAACUGGUUGGCCGUAGGCUCGAAGAGGAGGAUUUGUUGGCGAUUACUGAGCGUGUACUAAUGGCUACGACUGGGAAGCAAUAG